CUCUGGCUUGCUCGCGACGGCGAGAAGAAGAAGAAGAAGAAGAAGAAGAAAGUGCCAAACAUGGUGUCGCAACACGGCGUCAGCCUCGCCGUCCAUCUCAUCACCUCUUACUUUGGUGAUCUCGUCGCUAAAGUUUGCGAGUGUCUUCUACGAAAAGGAACCCUACCGUUUGCACAGAUAAUGCGAUUCACAGAGCUUAGUAAAGGGAAUCUCGAGAAAGCUCUACUUGUACUAAUCCAACACAAUUGUGUACAAGCCUUCGCAGUCCAACGAGAAGGUGCAUUUGGAGAGGUGCCACGGGUUGUAACUCAGUACAUGGUUAUCUGUGAUAACAUACUUCAUCAUAUGAGAUUUCCUAAAUUUCUGGCAAUUGUGUCGGAGCAGCUUGGUAAAGAAUGUGAAGAGAUUUUUGAAGGGUUGCUUCAACAUGGAAGGCUUUCGAUGAAUCAACUUAUUGACAGGCAUAAGCAGACAUCUAUUCCAAGUGGAGGAAAUUUUGUUGUGGAUGCAUUACAAGAAAGCUUUAAGAGACUUGUGAAUGCCCGAUUUGUGGAACGUUGUCCAGCUCCUGAACCAUUCCUUGCCCCACCUUCUGAAGAUGAAACUCCUGCAAAGAAACGAGGAGCCAAGUCGGCCAAGAUCGCUGAUGAAUCACAGACUAUAGAGCAACGUGCUUUAGCAGUAGCCUCUCCUAUGGAAUCAAUAAGAUUUUUUGUUGAAACAAAUAUUGGUACCGAUGUUUCUGAACAAAAGAGUGAGGAAAAAUCUAUUCAAGUUGGGGAGAAGCGAAAGAAUGAUAGUAUGGAGUCGAAUAUGGAAGCUUUGGCUUCAAAUGGAAAGAAAGAAGUUCUUUGGCGCGUCAAUUUUGAAGAGUUUAUAAAGCACCUGAGGGAUAAGGCUUGCAUUGCCAAUGUGAGAGCACAAUUUGAUGGUGGAGCUGCCGUUGUUUUAAGUGCAAUUCUGGAGGCAACUAGAGGUGUUGAGACUAAAGUAAAAGCAGAAAAGUCAGUUCCCCUGUCCGUGAAUACUAUUUUUGAAGAGGUAAUGAAGAGUGAUGAAGGUCGUCGCACAAUCUCAACCUUAGAAAGUGUUCGAGCUUCCCUUGGUCAAUUGGGCUGUCAGCUUCCCAUAAUUGAGAUAGAUGAAACAUAUAGUAUUGAUCUAAAAAGAAUUAUUGAAAUAGCUCAGGAUGAUGAGGUGGAAUCCAUUGUGUUGAAAAGAUAUGGGAGGGAGGCUUAUAGGAUAUUCAGGUUACUGUCAGAGGCUGGUCGCCUACUUGAGACCGAUAAGAUUUCAGAUAAAACCUUUGUUGAAAAGAAAGAAACAGCCAAGAUUCUUUAUAGGCUUUGGAAAGAUGAUUACUUGCAUAUGGAGAAAGUUGUCACAUAUGGAGCUAAACAGUUGCAGUUUCUAUUGUGGAAAGUAAAUAAGCAAUCUCUUUGGAAGCAUGUUCUAGAUGAGAUGUACCACGCUGCCUUAAAUUUGAGGCUACGAAUCGCUUAUGAGCAGGAAAAGGAAAAAGAGAUUCUUCAGAUACCUAGAGAAAAGCUUGUGGGAGAACUGGGCAAACGGUACAAGCGAUUGAGAAAAAUAAGGAUUGUCCUAGAAUCUUCCUUGAUGAAGCUUGAUGAUGCUCUUAUGCUCUUCCAUGACUUCUAAAUGACUAACAAUUUUGCUGGUAAAUGCUGUAAAACUGUGUUUUUGGUUCUCCAAUAAGAUUAUGUUGUAAUAAACUAUUGUAAUUAUCCAAAUGCUAUAAUUAAAGAAGACAGUGGC